CCUGACUGGGGAAGGACUUUGAACUUACUGUACUAAAAAGAGAUAAGAACCACACACACAAGCUCAGACUCAGUUUAUACAUUAGGAUUCAUUCAAGUUCAAUCAAACGGAUUUCUUUUCAAACAUUGGCGGAUUUGUCUAAGGAUGGCGUACCAUCUUUGGAGCAUAUUCUCAUGUCUUCUUGUGACAUGCUUCAUGGUGUCUUUGCCAGCUUGCCACAGUGGGAAGGUGCUGGUCUUUCCUCUGGAAGGAAGCCAUUGGCUUCACAUGGACAUUCUGAUCAAGGCCCUUCACGCUCAAGGACACUCCGUGACCGUGGUACGAACAAACAAAAGCUGGUACAUUAAAGAAGAGUCUUCGUAUUACAGCUCUAUUACAGUACACAUCACUGAUGGAGUAGACGAGGGCUUUGUAAAGCCAAUUCUCAACAAAGUCCUCGAUAUAGAAAGAGGUAAAAGUUCAGCUUUAAAUUUCUUCAGUUUGCAGGUGGAGGCCUUGUCAUUCAUGUCUAAAGUUCCUAAGAUGAUGGCUGAAAUGGUGACCAAUAUAAUUGAAGACAAGGAGUUAAUGAAGGACAUAAAGGAAACCCAGUAUGACCUUGUCUUGACUGACCCGGCCUGGGGAGCAGGUGUUCUGAUGGCCCACUAUCUUCAGCUACCUCUCGUCUACAAUGUCCGCUGGGUCACCUUUGGAGAGGGACAUCAGGUCAUCGCACCAUCCCCCAUGUCUUACAUUCCAAUGACUGGAUCUGGGCUGACGGACAAAAUUACCUUCACAGAGAGAGUGAAGAAUAUGCUUAUUAAAUUGCUUGGACAAGUUCAGGACAGGUUCUUAGUGCGACCCUAUUACCAAGCAGUUUGUGAUGAGUAUUUCCAACCGGGUGUGGACUUUAAUGAGUUAAUACAGGGGGCUGACUUAUGGCUCAUGAGAGUCGACUUUGUGUUUGAGUUCCCUCGUCCCACCAUGCCUAACGUUAUCUACAUGGGAGGGUUUCAGUGCAAACCGGCCAAGCCCCUUCCCCAAGACCUGGAGGACUUUAUUCAGAGUUCUGGAGAACACGGUGUCAUUAUCAUGUCUUUGGGGACUUUUGUCAAGGAACUCCCGAGUGACAUAACAGAUGAGAUAGCGACUGCUUUUGCCCAAUUGCCUCAGAAGAUCAUCUGGAGGCACAUUGGGGACAGGCCAGCGACUCUGGGCAACAACACCUUACUAGUUGACUGGAUGCCGCAGAAUGACCUACUAGGACAUCCUAAGAUGAGGCUGUUUGUAGCUCAUGGAGGAACCAAUGGAGUUCAAGAGGCCAUCUACCAUGGAGUCCCCGUUGUGGGCCUACCUCUGUUUUUCGACCAAUAUGACAACCUCCUUCGUCUGCAAGCAAGAGGAGGAGCAAAGAUUGUGACCAUAGCCACAUUAGACAAUGACUUCCUCAAGGCCUUACAGGAAGUUCUUCAGGAGCCGUCCUACAGGGAGAACAUGCAGAGGCUCUCCAAGCUGCACAGGGAUCAGCCAAUGAACCCCCUGGACCUCGCCAUGUUCUGGAUCGAGUAUGUCAUGAGACACAAAGGUACUGCUCACCUGCGUACAGAGUCCUACAGAAUGCCCUGGUACUCCUACCACUCUCUGGAUGUCAUGACGUUCCUUCUAGCUUCUGUGCUACUGAUUCUGCUGACUACUGUUGCUUUCAUCAGGUGUUUAUGCUUCAGAAUGUGUUGUAGACGGAAAAUGAAACACGAGUAACUGAAAAUAGGUUUUGUGGAGGGGGGGUUAGAGCAUUGGGCUAGUACCCAAAGGUUUCUGGUUUGUAUUUAUCCAAUGGAUUAAAGUGAGCAAAUAAGAAAUUCAUCACUUUUGUUGUGGGCUUCAAAUCCUUACAGCCUCGAAUUAGUAAUUUUUUAUUGUUAAACCCUUUUGUUUAAUGAAAUAAAACUGUUACACAUGUAGGAUGGAGUAACCAGCCAGCACGGCCCUGUUUCUCUAGCGGUAUCAGGUCCCAUUUUUAGAGUCUUUGGUACGACUCGACCGGGAAUCUGACCCCCAACGUGCCAAUCUCAGGGCAGACACUGUCUAUCCCUAUGUAUUACCCUGUCUGUGUGUAACUCUGAGGCUGCAUUAAUUCCUCAAUCUGGGUAAGGUUCCAGUGAGUCACAGAUCAUCCCACUGUCUUUUAAAAACAUUACAUGUGACCUAGGUUGGUCUAGCAGUCUAAGCCCCUGCCUCCGCUGAAACAUGGGUUUGAAUCUGGUCCACUUCUAUUUCAGUAUACUCUUUCCUACAUCUAUCCAAUAAACACAAAAUAUCAGAGGAGUGGGUCUGCCUCAUCACAAAAAAAACAAUGUUGAAAUGUACAUUUUUAUUCAGUUGUACGAUGUUAUAAAUAAAAAGUUGUUUUGUUUUAAUGA